AUGACGAAGCCCGGCUUACUCGAGCUCCCAAUAGGGGCUCAGCUCGUUUACCUAGCGGAGGGUGGUGCCAACGUCAUCUACCGCAUCGUAUCCACCAAGUCGGCCAUUGCGUCGAAGAAAGAGUUGCCGAUUGCGGUUAAUGGUGUCGUGACGGAGGCCUGUAGCGUCCCAUCCGAGUUCAAAGGCAAGUUGCUUCGGCUGCGGAAGGACACCAAGUCAGGGAUCCCGUACCAGGAGAUUGCUCGAAAUUUUGACAAAAAUAUUCGUCCCCUUUUCAAACCGGAGGAGCUGGUGGACCAGGAGCUGGUAUGUCUCCCCAGAGGACUGGUCCAACAUUGCAAUGAUCAAUUGCGCGCCGCCGAGCUGAGCGGCAAGCGUCCGAAACGACGCCAGGGCAUGUAUCUGUCCACUACCGAGCCGUUCGGCCUCCUGAUCACCGACAUGACCACCUUCAGCGACCCAGGAACGGUUCUAGCCGAACUGAAGCCGAAGUGGCUCCUGCAGUCACCGUCGGCACCCACCGCCGCCCGCCGGUGUCGCACCUGCGCUCUGCGCGAUAUGAAGAAUCACGAGGCGUGUAGAACGCGUAGCAAUUAUGAGCGAUCAUUUUGCCCGUUAGACUUGAUCUCGGAGAAGUUCGAAAAUGUUCUGCGCGCCACUCGAUCCAUUAAGGGCUGUAAAGACCCCAAACGGCUAGCGAAAGUACUCUACUGGAACGGGACAAUGCAAAAGCUCCUCGCUCAUCAAAGGGCGCAUCAAGAUGUUGGGCUGCACGGUCCCCUUGCGCAGUCUCGGGACAAGUCACUUGCCAUGACCCUCCGAGACUGCACGAUGUUUAUCAAGAUGCCGCGCGACGAGACAGGAACCGUUGAAAUCCGCCUCGGCGAUUUGGAUCUAAAGACGGGGGCUGGCGGCAAAGCGCAAUACUGGCUGGAUUUAGAGAAGCAGUUGAUCUCCGAAGGCUGGUACUUGGGGUCGAAGAGCAGUUCGCACCCGAGCGACUGCGUAUUGCAAGGAGCCCGAGGCCAUUCGCAGCCGUCCAUCUAG